UCAGACGAAACCCCGUUUUCGCGCCACUCGUUAGCAGCCAUCGAGCCCCACCCGCUUCUUUAAGUCUCAUUUGCAUACGCGAGGCAAGCGCCUGCGCCACUUACCCGUGACGUCACACCCAGCAUGGCGGUCAAGCUGCAGUCAGUAAGGAGAGCUGAUCCAAAUGAGCUGAAGGGGAUUUUCCUGAAGUAUGCAAGUGCGGAGAAAGAUGGGGAGCGUUACAUGACCCCUGCAGAUUUUGUACAGAAGUUUUUGGGGCUGCACACAGAGCCACAUCAUAACCCAAGGACCGUCCAGCUCUUGGCAGGUGUAGCUGACACAACAAAAGAUGGGUUGAUCUCCUUCCAAGAAUUCCUGGCUUUUGAGUCUGUUCUCUGUGCUCCUGAUGCUAUGUUUAUUGUAGCAUUUCAACUGUUUGACAAGAAUGGUACAGGGGAUGUGUCUUUUGAAAAUGUCAAAGACAUCUUUGGGCAGACUAUUAUUCAUCAUCAUAUUCCUUUCAAUUGGGACUGUGAGUUUAUUCGGCUUCAUUUUGGGCAUGAUCGAAAGAAACAUCUAAGCUAUUUAGAAUUUACUGAAUUUUUACAGGAAUUACAGUUGGAACAUGCCAAACAAGCUUUUGCCCAAAAGGACAAGAGCAAGAGUGGAUCAAUUUCAGCCCUGGACUUUAGUGACAUUAUGGUUACUAUUCGUUCAUAUAUGCUAACACCUUUUGUGGAAGAGAACUUAGUGUCUGCUGCAGGUGGAAGCAUCUCACAUCAAGUCAGCUUUUCUUACUUCACUGCAUUUAACUCUCUGCUUAACAACAUGGAACUUAUUAGGAAAAUGUACAGUAUUUUAGCAGGAUCAAAGAAAGAUGUUGAAGUUACUAAAGAGGAAUUUGUUCAUGCUGCUAAUAAGUUUGGUCAAAUCACACCUUUGGAAAUUGACAUUCUUUUUCAGCUUUCUGACCUUUAUACUCACUCUGGGCGGCUUACUUUGGCAGACAUAGAGAGAAUAGCUCCAUUGGAAGAGGGUGCUUUGCCAUAUAAUCUUGCAGAAAUCCAGAGACAGCAAUCUUAUGGUGAUGUCAGUAGGCCAAUCUGGCUCCAGGUUGCUGAGUCUGCUUAUAGAUUCACUUUGGGCUCAAUCGCUGGAGCUGUUGGAGCCACAGCUGUCUAUCCUAUUGACCUUGUAAAAACGCGAAUGCAGAACCAACGUUCCACUGGCUCUUUUGUUGGGGAGCUGAUGUAUAAAAAUAGCUUUGACUGUGCCAAGAAGGUCCUGAGAUAUGAAGGGUUCUUUGGACUCUAUAGAGGUCUACUACCACAGCUUGUUGGAGUCGCUCCAGAAAAAGCCAUAAAACUUACAGUAAAUGAUUUUGUGAGGGAUAAGUUUUCAAAGAAAGAUGGCUCAAUUCCUUUACCUGCUGAGAUCCUUGCUGGAGGAUGUGCUGGAGGUUCCCAAGUCAUAUUCACCAACCCUCUGGAGAUUGUAAAAAUUAGAUUGCAGGUUGCUGGAGAAAUCACAACUGGCCCAAGAGUUAGUGCACUGAAUGUUGUCCGGGAUCUUGGCUUUUUUGGACUUUACAAGGGUGCUAAAGCUUGCUUCCUCAGAGACAUCCCAUUCUCGGCAAUUUACUUCCCAGUGUAUGCACACACAAAGCUGUUGCUGACUGAUGACAAAGGGCACUUGGGUGCAUUGCAGCUGCUUACUGCUGGUGCCAUUGCAGGUGUUCCUGCUGCUUCUUUGGUAACCCCUGCUGAUGUCAUUAAAACAAGACUUCAGGUGGCAGCCCGUGCUGGUCAGACAACUUACAGUGGCGUCAUAGAUUGCUUUAGAAAAAUCCUUCAGGAAGAAGGACCCAGAGCCUUCUGGAAAGGAGCUGCAGCUCGAGUGUUCCGGUCAUCUCCGCAGUUUGGUGUUACUCUGGUAACUUAUGAGCUCUUACAAAGAUGGUUCUACAUUGAUUUUGGUGGAAGCCGUCCAGUUGGCUCUGAACCCGCUCCAAAGUCCAGGAUUUCAGAACUUCCUCCAGCCAGUCCUGAGCAUCUUGGAGGAUACAAACUUGCUGCUGCCACAUUUGCGGGCAUAGAGAACAAGUUUGGUCUUUACCUGCCCAAGUUUAAGUCUUCUGGAGUUGCGACAAUCCAACCACCUGCCUCAAAAGAAUCUCAGGGGUCUUAAGUGCAUUAGCCGAGGGGCAACCCAAGAGGAGUGUUUUCACAAACAGGACUCAACUGAACUGAUUGGCUGCAUGUUGUUUGAGCCAAGGUGUCUACUUAAAAUCAUGUGGUUUUCUAUAUAUAUAUAUACACAUUUUUGUCAGAUAUUAAUGACUUGCUUUAAAUUAAACUGCUGUUUCAAAGAUUUGUUUCUAUGCAUUUUAAAGUUUUUUUUUUUUUUUUCUGUUGAAUAGUGGCAUGCGUAGCUUUGUUUGCUUUGCACAGCUUGCACAGAAUGUUACUGUACAUAUUGUACAUCUUUGUACAGAGACAUGGCGACGCGAGGUCAGUCCCAUUUACUGCUGCAGUUAUUACGUAGUGGCUUACCAUGAUGUACAGAUGUUUUGAAAGUGUUUUAUUAAGGAGAAGUCGGCAACAGUAUUAGUAAAUAAUUUAAUUUCAUUUAUCAUCUUGUACUGUCCAAUUUUACUGAAAUAAAUCAUUGAUACUUAA